GCCCAUGCACCUUUAGCCUCCCGAGGCGGGCGGGGUGGCAAGGGAGCAAGGGAGCAGGGCUGGCCAUUAGCGGAAAGGGAGCAAUGGAGCAGGGCUGCGCCCUUAGCAGCAAGUGCGCAAGGGAGCAAAGCUGCGCCCUUAGAGGCAAGGGCGCAAAGGAGCAACCAAACAAAUGAAACGACCCGCAUGCCCCCUACAGUUCAUUAGAUGAGGCCACAGACCCCUCGCCACAUGCCUCAGCAGCCGAACAUGGCGAGUGAGAGGUGCCGACCGCUGGGUGAGACUCGAAAUGGGAGAUCGCCGCCGAUGCCGAAAUUCUUUGGGGUUGGAAAUGGCGGCUCGGUGAAGAGGAGGAGGAGGAGGUCAAAGAAUAGAUGGGACGGUUCCCGCAAGAGACGCACAUGUGCACGGCGUCCGUACAGUGGCUCAAAACUGACGCAGAUGCCGAGUGCACAGGGGGCAAGCUGCAGGUUGGCAGUACUGAAUUGCAUUGGCUUAAGCAAAUCGGCGGCGCCUUGGCCAGACGCCGACGCCUCGCGGGGCAGCUCGCCCACGAUGCGCUACUGGCGCGUGCCUGCGCGCUUGGGCGAGGGCUGCCACGCAGUCCAGGCCACAUGAAGAAAAAUUGUGCAUCGGGGACGUCGAGGGCACACGGAGGGGCUGUGGUCGAGACGACGAGGGUCCUGGAUUCUGGCAACGCGCGAGGCCGCCUCAGCGUUGAGCGAUCCGAGCGCGGGCCUGCCGUGCCCCGGUGCAGAGGGCGAGCGGGUGCGGGCGGGCCCAGGCGGCGACCACGCCGCGGGCGACGACGCGCUGCUGGCGGGCCCCGGGCGCCGAAAAAAUCUGGCCGAGCGCGCGCCUUCACUUCUUCGCGAGCUUCCCGAGAAGCCACCCGCCGGCCGAGGAGGCCAGGGCCACGGCCGGAAGGGCCACCGUCGCCGCGAUGCCCAGCGAGACGCUCUCCGCCCGCAGAGCUGCGGCGAGGCGCAGGGCACUGUCGAUGCAGAGUACCACGUUCAGGGUCUUGUAGGUGUCCGAGGACAGCCUUCUGGGGCCUGCCACAGCGGCCGCCUGGCAGACGUACGCGCAUGCCGCCAGGACAAAGCACCUGAGAGCUCCGGUCGUCUUCACGCUGGAGUACAGCAACAGCCCGCCGCCCCACACGACCUGGUGAACCAUGGUGAGCGCGUACCCGAAUGCGAGGAUGUUCUUGAGACGCGGCCGGCCGAGACUGGGCAAGCCCUCCUCCUCAAGUACGCGGUAGGAAGCCCUGACGGAGUAGAACGCCGCGCACUGAGCCAGCAGGGCAAUGAACACAGGGUAGAGCGGCAGGCUGCGAAGUGGCCCUGGCAAACCGAAGAGCAGCCUCCAGAGCUGGAACGAGAUGUGGUAGAAGAUGGCAGAGAAAGCCGCUACGUUCGCCAGGGCAAGCACCCGGAAAGUGGUGCCGCCGAGGCGGUUUCUCAACGUGGCGUUCCUCAGGACCCUCAGGACGGCCGACGUCGUGAGCAGCACCGGCACCAUGCCGAGGCGCGUCUGCUCCAGGAUCUGCGGCGAGCGGACCGCGGACACGAUCUCCGUGGCGAGCAGGAGCGUCACGAACACGUUGGCGCGGUAGAACCCGCCGGCCAGCCACUCCUCGGCGGCGAGGGCGCCCCGCGACAGGCCGCCCUCGGGGGGCGCGCGGGCCCCGCUGCGCUGCGGCCGCUCGGGGCCCCAGCCGCGCGAGCCGCGCGGCCCCCUG